UACAGGAGGGGGGGGGCACACCAUAUGGGCCACACAGGACUGGACUCCACUCACGCCGGCAGGGAUUGAAGCACAGCUGCACCCUUGGAAGUACUAGUUUCAGGAUUCAAUACAGGUCCCCGCGCUCUGCAGGGAGGUUUUCACGUUACUCUGUCCACGACUGAAGGGAAACAUGUCUAACCAGAACUGGAAGCCCUUUGUCUUCGGCGGGCUGGCGUCUGUGACGGCGGAGUGCGGUACCUUCCCAAUCGACCUCACCAAGACACGUCUUCAAGUUCAAGGCCAAGUGGGGGACAGCAAAUACCGAGAGAUCCGCUACAGAGGCAUGCUCCAUGCUAUAGUGAGGAUAGGCAGAGAGGAGGGGCCACGGGCUCUCUAUUCAGGAAUAGCUCCUGCCAUGCUACGCCAGGCCUCGUAUGGGACCAUAAAAAUCGGCACUUACCAGAGCUUAAAGCGUCUGUUUGUGGACCGGCCGGAGGAUGAGACGCUGCUGACUAAUGUGUUAUGUGGUAUUGUCUCUGGUGUCGUCUCCUCCUCCAUCGCCAACCCCACUGAUGUGCUGAAGAUCCGCAUGCAGGCUCAGGGAAAUGUGAUCCAGGGCAGCAUGAUGGGCAACUUCAUUAACAUCUACCAGCAGGAAGGAACCAGAGGGCUGUGGAAGGGCGUCUCUCUGACCGCUCAGCGGGCAGCCAUCGUGGUCGGGGUUGAGCUGCCGGUCUAUGAUAUCACCAAGAAGCAUCUGAUCCUCUCAGGUUACAUGGGGGACACCGUGUACACACACUUCCUGUCCAGCUUUGUGUGCGGCCUUGCAGGGGCUUUGGCCUCCAACCCAGUGGAUGUAGUCCGGACACGCAUGAUGAACCAGAGAGGAGGAGCUCUGUACCAGGGGACACUGGACUGUAUACUGCAGACGUGGCGCUCUGAGGGUUUCAUGGCUCUCUACAAGGGAUUCUUCCCCAACUGGCUCCGUCUGGGACCGUGGAACAUCAUUUUCUUCCUCACUUACGAGCAGCUGAAGAAGAUCGAUGUGUGACUGACAGAAUGAGACGGUGACGAUGAGACGAGUGUGGGUGCAACGCUCCGAGACGAGCAGAGAGGACCAAAAAUCGGGAAUGGCUGGAUGGGGAUCCUUAAUGGAACCACUGCACAGGGGGGGGCAAUAUUGAUGUAGACCCACAUAUGAGGGGCGGCAUGAGAGUCUGCCUGCUUCCUUGCUUGGGCUGCAUGUCGCAGAAAGCCUGUGGCAAGUGUGGAAGACACUCGUAUAUGAUGUUUCAGCUCAUCCAAAUGCUAUGUUAAGCUUAAAAGCUCAUUUGAAUCUGAUAGUGGCCCUUUAAAUUCACGUCCCCAAAAUAGGAGAGAAAUUGGAAAUGUCAAAACAGUCGAAGACUUUUGUUUUUUGAAGCUUUUUUUCAGUUUCCUACACCUGAAAGUGUUCUCCAAAUUGAGUGCCUUAGCUUGUGAUGCAGGCUGUCUGCGCCCGAGUCACAUUAAGACCGGGAACGUUUGAUAGCAGCUGAUAAUCACAGUUAUCAUUCCCUUUUUUAAAAAAGACAAAUAUUUGUUUUUGAGCCCACAAACUUAAACUGUGAUCUUGCCCUUUUUUGGUUCUUUUCUACAUUUCUAAAUUGGGAUUUGGGUGUUUUUGAAAAGGUGAAAAUAUUUAUUCUUAGAAGCCUCUGGAGGAUUCACAGAGUCAAGAGCCAAGAAUACAUGCCGGUCUACUGUAAUAAAUAACAGCCUUUAGUACAGUGUCGGUGCUCAGACACAGACACAUAUCACAUGCCCAUAUGAGGCCAGACUGGUGGUCCCUCAUUCCAGUGAAUGCAGACAGUAUAUAUAGCCUGGGGGCAGCUGGGGUCUACUCUGCACUCCCUGGGUCCUUACGUUAUCUUAUACUGUACAGACUUAUGAUACACAUGCUGAGUCAUCCUACAUAUUGUAUCACACACUGCUCUGCUUUUGGACCAAUGGGACUUAAUAGUUUCCAAAGGUGCUGUAUUUAUUGCUCAAACAUAUUAAACCCACUGAACAUGGUCCACUCCAGGUGUGUUUUCAUGAACAGUAUUUGCACGCUGUAUGCUUAAAUGUGGGCUUUGAUAAAGAGCGACUAUAUUGUUAUGUGUGUGUGUGUGUGAGAUGCUAAAUUGCUGCCAAAGUGUAAGCGUGUGCAAUUUUGUCAUACAUAUAAAUGUGCUGCAGCCUUGAAUAUUUGGAAUAAAAGAGAAAAACAACCA